GCACAAAGAGUUCAGCUAGGCUGUUACCAGUUCAGUGUCUGCACUAACCAGCGCAAUCCCAAAGACUCCUGCAGAGACCUGCUGGAGCAGACAGAGACCGGGGGUGUGGACAGGGUAACCGAACUAGAAAGCUGUGCGCCAUUUGGAGCCAAUCCAUAGUGAAGAGUGCAGCUCUCCAUCUGCAUAGUCAGAGGUCAGCAAAACCCUCUCCCUCUUUGCUGCAAUACCCCAAUGUCCGCAACAGGCCAUCUCAGCCCAACCCUUGUCUCCGGCCUGCGUGAGCCUCCGCCUAAGGCACGUCAGCUGUUGCACAGUCUCCUACACAAACUGUCCUGCCUAGUGGCUGUCCACCCCCCAGGGCCGCUUCCAGACUGCAACUUGAGCAAACUGGCCAAUGCCAGCCCUGCAGAGAGAAUUUUGUUUGAUCACUGAUUGAGAAAGGGAGGGCGACAUGCCCAGACUGGCCCAGCUGAAAACAAGUACCUGGCCAGCGCAAGCCAAUCAGGCGUAGCAUGGGAGCUGGCGGAGACUGUGGCCGCCUUUGUGUGGAUGAAUGAAGCUCUGUUUGCUGCCUGCCACUCAAAUGACCUCCUCAUAUAGCAGCCCCACAGGAACACACGCCAGACACAGCAGGGUGAGUGCUCCUAGCCUGUGGAUCGGUCUCCUCUGCAGCGCACCCAGCACUUAGCGAUCCCGCAACAGACUGGAGUCUGGGGAGCCCACAGCCAGACUGGAGACCCGACAUGGGGGGGAGAAAUCACCCCUGAGACUUGCAGAGAUUCCUGCUCACAGGCAGCUUUCCAAGGGAAUGUCGCUCAGCGCUCAGAGCCAGUUGCUUGUGUCGGACACGUACCUGGCCAAGCUCCUGGAGGGAGCGUGCAGCCUCCGCUCCCAGGGCGCGCUGUGCGAUGUAACGCUGGAGGCAGAGGGGGUUCGCUUCCCAGCACACAAGAUCAUUUUGGCUUCGGCGAGUAAUUACUGCAAGAUCCUGUUUGUUGGAAACUCGAGCCGUGCCGGGAGCGGCGAUGCCAGAGUCCAGCUGAAAGCCAUCAGCGCAGGGGGGCUGAGGAACGUUCUCAACUUCAUUUACUCCAACAAACUGGAGCUCUCCCUGCAGAACGUUGAGGAGACGCUCAAGGCAGCAGAAGCCCUGCUCCUGCGGGAGGUGAUCAAGCUGUGCUUUCAGUUUCUGGAGCGCAGCCUGGAUGGCGGGAGCUGCCUGGACACACUCAGCAUCGCCAAGAGGCUUGGUCCAGAAGAGCUGAGGCAGAAAGCAAGGGCCUACGUCGGGCGGCACUACCGCCAGAUACUGACCGAUCCUCAGGGCGUGAAGGAGCUGGACAGAGAGACCCUCUGUGACAUCUUAGACAAGACAGACAUGGCGGGAUGCACCGAGCUGCAGCUAUUCAACGCUGCCGUAAGCUGGCUGCUGCAUGACAGCACGAGGCUACCAGGAGCAGCAGAUAUUCUAAGGAGAAUUCGAUUUCCCCUCAUCCCCCUGCGGGAUCUGCAGAGAUACGUGCAGGAAACGCCCGUGAUGAGGACAGACUCCAGCUGCCGCAGGUACCUGCAAGAGGCUCUAAUCUACCACUCCCAGCUCUACGCUCAGCCAGCCCUUCAGAGCCAGCACACAGGCGUCCGCUCCAGCUCCUCGACGCUGCUCGUUCUGGGGGGCAGAACCACUGACAACAGAGUCUGCCGAGACAUGUGGGCUGCAGAUGAGAGCUGCAGCGCAUGGAGCAAGGUCGGGGACCUCCCCACCCCCGUCUACAACCACUGCGUGGCUGUGAUCGGUGACUUCCUCUUUCUUCUCGGCGGCCAGGCCAGGUUCGAUCCCUCUGGGAAACGCCCUUCGAACGAGGUGUUCCGGUUUGAUCCCCGCAACGCAGCGUGGCUCCAAGUCUCCAGCAUGCUGGAGAGGCGAACGCGCUUCCAUGCGGACGUGCUGUCUGGGCGCAUCCUGGCCGUGGGCGGCGGGACGCUGCUGGGGAAGCUCACCAACACGAUGGAAGCAUACACGCCUGCGGAGAACCAGUGGGAGUGCGCGGCUCCCCUCCCCGUCCCCGUGGCUGACCACGCAGGCGCCACCCACAAGGGAAUCCUCUACGUGUCAGGGGGCUUUUCGGCCGGCAAGACCUUGAGGGACAUGCACAGCUACCUCCCUCGCCUGCGGCGCUGGAUCGCUAACCGGGCCAUGGCCUUCGCCCGCUGUGACCACGGAAUGGCUGCAGUCACAGACAGGAUCUUCUGUAUUGGAGGCAGGACGUUAAAUGCUGCAGAGGAAUGGAUUCAAGUGAACGAGACGGAACAUUACUGCCCGAUGACUGACCAGUGGACCACGCUGACACUUUCCCCCUUCGCCUGCUGCCAGUUCAGCGUCGCUGUGCUCCACUCGCGGCUCUACAUCACAGGAGGCGGCUCGCUGCACCACAUGAGUAAAGACGACAGCGUGUUCAUCUAUGAUCCUGACGGGAGGAUAUGGAAGAAAGCUGGCUCCCUGCCUACUGCUUUGGUCGACCAUGCCUCCUGCAUGAUUAGGCUGUCCUGGGAGAGGUCAGCCGAACAGCAGGAAGGAGGAGAGCCAUCCUCGCCCAGUGGGAACAGCAGGAAAAGAUCCACUCUCAGCUUGUUCAUCACCAACAAACAAGAGCCCUCCUUGGCUUUUUAAAGGGAGCAGGAAGAGGACGGGUGGAGGAGCUGCUCUGACAGAGCACAUGGCAACUGCCCGCAGCAUUUCGACAGCUCUCCUCACUUCCUCCCCAGCCCUGCAGCUUGUGACUUGGGAGCAGUGCAGCCUUGGCUGGUGCUGGGGCGCUACGCUGAGGGGCAGCGGAGGCAGAAGGGGAGAGGAAAAGGAGAGGUGUCUCAGCCACAGGGCUCGGGGUUGGAUGCUUCUGGGAUGUUAAAAAUAAAUAUUUUUCCCUUUGGAAUCUAACAGAUGCAAACCUUUUAAGGGUGACGUUUUCUUUUAAAAAGUGCUUCUAAAGAAGUGUGCGGUGCUGCAGAUCGUACUCCAUGGUCCUGUGACAUAUCAAACAUCUCCUUGCAAGUCCCCUUGGGCCCACAAGCCCGCUACCUUCCACCCCUAGUGAGCCCAAUAUAAAAAACACAGAUGUGAGGCCAGAAGGGACCUUUAGGAUCGUGCAGCUGACCUCCUGCCCCCGUGACUGCUGAAUCCAGCCUGUUGAGCUGACGUGUGGGUAAGAUUUUCAGAAGGCCUAAUGACCUGGAAGAAAGUCUCAAAGUCAGCGGGUGAGGCGCCCAAGAGGUCGAGGAACAUCUACAGGACCCGAUUAUCAUCCAGCUAGUGUGGGCAACAACAGCAAUGCAGAGCCAGCAGCCCAAGUACAUUCCCAGGGUCCCCAGCAGCAUGGCUGCUAGUCGGUCCCUAUACCAGUCCCCUUGCUAGCGAGGUGGCAGUGACCACGGUUACGGCUGUCUGCUGCACACCCACCUUCCCUUGCAGCGCAGACACAUCCUCAACCCCCCCACUGAAAACCAGAGACCCCCAAGAUACCACUUGUGCCAGGUGGGAGCCGAAGGUGCAAUAGGCUGGAGCACUGCAGUCCUGGUGCCGCCGCAGUGCAGCACAGACCGUGCGGGACAGCUCAGCAGUCAGUGCUUUCGAGGAGUUUCAAAUAAGACUAAGCGGAGCCACGUA